CGGCCGGAUGUUCUGUGUGAAGACAGGAACAACAAAGAGAGGAACGCGCCCGGGUUUUAAACCUGCUUCGAAACACAAAAUUAAGAACGUUAUCCACUGUUCUUUGUAGGGUAAAAGAAUUUGGUUUGCAUGUGAGGACAAGUGUCUGCCGAGCCAACAAUGGCGAACAAUGCAGAGGAUAUUGAAAACAAUAUGCGACAGGACCAACAGGAGUCCAGUGGGGCCCCUGAACCCACCCAGCAACCACAAGAGGCUGGGGUGACCAGAGUGCGGUCCAGGGGAAGCUCAGGAGCUGAAGGAGGAGGCAGUGCCGGUGGCAAUGGGAGUGGACCAGAGCAGAACGGACAGCCUCCCGCUGCUCGUCCUCCACGUGUGGUGGAGACUGAGGAGGACGAGGAUGAUGAGCUGACCUUGAAAUACGGGGCCAAGCACGUCAUCAUGCUGUUCGUUCCCGUCACCCUCUGCAUGGUGGUUGUCGUGGCAACCAUAAAGUCCGUCAGCUUCUACACCCAGAAUGACGGGCAGAGAUUGAUCUACACUCCGUUCCCUGAAGACACAGACACAGUAGCACAGAGAGCCCUGAACUCCAUCCUGAACGCCUCCAUCAUGAUCACUGUGAUCAUCGUUAUGACUUUGGUGCUGGUGCUGUUAUACAAGUACCGCUGCUACAAGGUGAUCCAAGGCUGGCUCUUCCUCUCCUCUCUCCUCCUGCUGUUCUUCUUCUCCUACAUCUACCUCAAAGAGGUUUUCAAGACCUAUAAUGUGGCCAUGGACUACUUCACCCUGGCAAUAAUAAUUUGGAACUUUGGAGUGGUGGGCAUGAUGUGUAUUCACUGGAAAGGACCUCUGCGGCUUCAGCAGGCCUACCUCAUCAUGAUCAGCGCCCUCAUGGCCCUGGUUUUCAUCAAGUACCUGCCAGAGUGGACCGCCUGGCUUAUAUUAGCUGUCAUAUCAGUCUAUGAUCUGUUAGCAGUGCUCUGUCCCAAAGGGCCUCUGAGGAUCCUGGUGGAGACGGCGCAGGAGAGGAAUGAACCCAUCUUUCCAGCUCUUAUCUAUUCAUCUACAAUGGUGUGGCUCGUCAACAUGGCCGACACUGACAGGCCAAAGAGAAACUCCACAGAAGCAGCUUCACCUCAACAAGAGACUCAAGAAGCCGUGGCGCCUCCUGCCGUCCCCAGUCCGUCACAGGACGACGGAGGCUUCACCCCUUCCUGGGUCAGUCAGCAGGAGCACCAGCUGGGACCUCUUCAGUCCACUGAUGAGACCAGGCGGGAGAUCCAGGAAAUGCCCUCUGCUCGUCCUCCUGUUGAAGAUGACGAUGAAGAGAGGGGUGUCAAGCUGGGGCUCGGCGACUUCAUCUUCUACAGCAUGCUGGUGGGGAAGGCCUCGGCCGCAGCCAGCGGCGACUGGAACACCACACUUGCCUGCUUUGUAGCCAUCCUCAUCGGCCUGUGUCUGACCCUGCUCCUCCUCGCCAUCUUCAAGAAAGCGCUCCCCGCUCUGCCCAUCUCCAUUUUUUUCGGCCUGGUCUUCUACUUCGCCACCGACAACUUGGUACGGCCCUUCAUGGACAAGCUAGCGCUACACCAGUUCUACAUUUAGCAGGACGCUGCCCUGAUAACCCUCACCCACAUAGCUCUCUGGCCAACAACACGAGAGCGGUCCCUUCACAGCCGGGGAACAAAAGGUAAUGCAGGGGCCCCUCCCGCCCCCACAUCCCCUCCUAAGAACUCAUGAUGAUGGGACAAAAGUUGUUUUUGUUCUGCCUUUCUUUCUGGCGCCAAGAGAGGGUAUUCCCCACAACAGCUGUUCUGAAAUAUUUUAUUUCUCUUUUAAACCAAGAGGUGACAUUUCUUGCUCGACUUGGGACCUCAUCUUCAAAUUGUUUGCCGAUCACCGGUCUCAGGCACAAUCUAAGAAGUUAGUGAGAAUAUUUUACCUUUAUUCAUCCAGGGAAGCUUCACGAGAGCUCGUCUGCUCCUUUUUCAGCAGCGCCCUGCUUCACAUCCGCACACAUUCAUAUCUAGGAGCUGCCCCAUACAACCACAGUCUUCUGCAACUGGGGCUUUACAGCAGGUGCCUUGCUCAUGGACACCUCGUCGGUAGCUGUUGAGCUAAGGGAGAUGGUUUGAUUGAAUCUCCCCUCAAAGACUUUAGUCAAACACCUUUGCGGUCACACGCCCGUUUUCAUGACAUGCGAGCUACCACCACUCCCAAACCUGACUGAAGGUUCAAAAAGCCUUCAUCCAACCAGUGGACACUCUGUGAUGAUAUUGAUUAUAGAUUGGUAAAUGUGUAGUUUGCUCGUGUAUGAGCUGUCAGUCACCAGAGCGUGCUUUCCUCACCGCUGUUAAGAAUGGCUAAGAACUUUUUUUCCCCCCACUUCCACCAGACGCAGAAACCAAAGCUCUGAUGCUGGAGCGAUUAUCUCCCUGGAAGAUUCACACUGAUUCACAUCAAAACAGGAUGUUUUGGACAUGUGGAUCUUUUGCAUGUGGAAAAGUGGAAAAUGUAUAUGAAGAAUUUAAGAUAUGAGUGUUUUUGUGACACUGACUGAUUUCACCAUCUUUCCCGCCCUUAAUUUUACCUUUAAUCACAUUUGAAUUCACAGCCUGCAGACGGGGAGGGAGUUCACACACACACACACACACACACACACUAACACCUGAGACUUGCCUGCCAUGUUAGCCAUGUGCUGUCAGCCACUGAGCAGUUCUGCUGGAGCAGUUGGAGGUUCAGUGCCUUGCUCAAGGGCAUUUCAGUAGUAGUAGUAGUAGAUGUUGUUGUUGUUGUCAUUGUGGGACGGAAAUGUGCUUUUCAUUCUCUUCCCUGACCGAGAUUGAACGUUUGUUUUUUUCCAACCUGUCCAGGGAUUGUAACCUGUGAUCAUCUGGUCACAAACUCUGAACCUUUAGGCUAUAGCUGCCCUCAUGAUGCUCGCCUGGUGCUGUCUUGAACUAUGCUACAUCAAACAUUGAUUCAUCUACACACAGAUGUUGUUGUGAUUUUUUUUCAAGAUAUGCAGAAGAGAAACUUUGUACUUUUCGAAACAUGGGGGUAAAUGUUAACAGGUUCCUACACAGAUCGGGAAAAUCUGGGAAAAUGUGACAACAAAUCAAACUUUAAACAGCUUAUCAUGUGCAGGUAUUAAGUAAGAAACACUUCCUGGUAAAUGAGGGAGUUGUAGAUCUAGUUAAAUUUGAUACUUGAAUUUGUGAACAUUUUUGGAAAGCAUUAUCUCUAGUCAUCAAACAUUAACUAUUUUCAUAAAGUUAAAAACAAACCAAAAAUUCUAAAUUAAGGUAAGAAAACAAUGGUCUGGCAUGAAACGCUGAGAUGUGUAUGAACCCAGACUCUGUGGCUUCCUCAUGUAUGAGAUGAUGCUGAGUGGUAGACUAAAGAUGAGCUGCACUGAUUGCUCCUUUGUUGUUGCACUCGAGUUUUAUGCUUAAAGACAAAAGAAAUGAAGAGGGAACAAUAUAAUAACACUUGUUUUAAGACUGUUUUUUUUCCCUUUGGUUUUUAGAGAAUAUGUUGGGUGACUGGCUUUUUUUUCUGUCCUUCACAUGCGUGUUAUGCAAGGUUAUUCAAUUCAGAUUUUGUUCUUUUGUAAUAAAUAAUGAAA